AUGACGCGCUCACUCGCGGUGCCGGCAGUGCCAGUCCGUGAGGAGCACAAGGCUCUCUUCGCGUCUAUCAACGCCUACGUUCACGACUACAUGUCCCAGCCCGGCCAUGACAAUUCUCACGACUAUCAUCACAUUCUACGCGUCCUUUCGAACGCCAACAUCCUUCUGAAAUCUGAGCUCGAUGCGAAUCCCAAGUCAGGUUUGGAUACAUCCGCUAUCUUCCUCGCUGCUCUCCUGCAUGAUGUUGGCGACCACAAGUACGCAAAGCCCGGCGAGGAUCCAGAGAACCAAGCUUUCAAUGCCCUGCGAGAACGUGGCGCUACGGAAGAACUAGCACGGAAAGUCCAAGUUCUGGUCAAGCAUGUCGGCUAUACGAACGAAGUGAGAAACCCUCAGUCUGUGGUAGAUGUAUUGUCCAAAUACCCGGAGCUGGCCAUUGUCCAAGAUGCAGACAGACUAGACGCUAUCGGUGCUGUAGGUGCUGCGCGCUGUUUCGCCUUCGGAGGCGCCAAAGGGAACGGGCGCACAUUGGCUGGCGGAAUUGAUCACUUUGAAGAGAAGUUGUACCGGUUGAAGGACAUGAUGAAGACGACUAAGGGGAAAGAGAUGGCUUUGUCUAGAACCAAGAUACUCGAGGAUCUGGCCGUCCAGUUCAAGAGAGAAUCAGAGCUAUCAUUUGCUCUGGACUGA